AUGAUUCUCAAAGGAUUUUGUGGACUGUGUGUUCUCUUAAAAUCGAACAAGUCAAAUUGCAGAACGAAGCAACGUUGUUGUUAUGAUGUACCAGGUCUAAUAUUCGCAGUCGGAGGUCUCACCAAUACGGGUGAUUCAUUGUCAACUGUGGAAAUGUUCGAUCCCACCACAAUGAUGUAUAAAGGUAAAUGGACGUGUGUGGAGCCAAUGAAUUCGAUUCGUUCGCGCGUGGGUGUUGCGGUGAUGAAUCGUCAGUUGUAUGCGAUCGGUGGUUUUAAUGGUCACGAUCGCUUGAAGACUGUCGAAGUUUUUGAUCAUGAGAGCAAUAAGUGGCGAGAGGUGUGCCCAUUGACGAACAAACGGUCAGCGCUCGGUGCAGCUGUGGUCAAUGAACGUCUUUACGUAUGCGGUGGCUACGAUGGCAUUUCAUCGUUAUCCUCAGUUGAAGUGUACAAUGCAAACGCCGAUAAAUGGUCGAUGACUACACACAUGCACAAACAACGUUCCGCAGCUGGAAUCGCGGUUCUUGAUAACUUUAUUUAUGUGAUCGGUGGGCAUGACGGGAUGUCAAUAUUCAAUUCGGUUGAACGUUUCAAUGUGGAAACUGGUGAAUGGCAACUUGUAAAACCAAUGGGAAGUAAACGUUGUCGACUCGGGGCAGCCGCAUUGCGUGGAAAAAUCUAUGUUUGUGGAGGGUUAGUUUUAUGGUUGUUGUUGUCGUUUUGA